AUGUCCGAAUUAUUAACUAAAUUUGAAAAUGUGUCAAAAGAAAGUAUUACACAGAAACUUACUGAAAUGAACUGUAGUGGAUACCAGAAGACAAUCAUUGAAGAAAUAGUUUCAGCCGCAAAGAUCAGCAAUCCAAAAGGUCGGGUGGACGAGUGGAUAAUGCUUUGUAUGUUGUUGCAUAUCAGGACUCCAAGUGGCUAUAAUUUUUGUAAAAAAAAUAACAUACUGCCACUUCCCAGUGUUAGCUCUCUAAGAUGGUAUCUAGCCAUGAUAGAUACAGCUUGUGGUUUUGAUAAAAACUUUUUUGCAUUAUUUAAAAAACACCUGGAACGCAAAACUACAAUGCAAAAACACGGAAUUAUUUUAGUGGAUGAAAUUUCAGUUCGAGAAGCACUUACAGUUUGUUCAAAAACUCUGACAUAUAAGGGUCUUGUUGAUUAUGGUGAAGAGUACAAGGCAACUGAUAUCAACGAAAAAGCCACAAGUGAACUUGUUUUUAUGUUCCAGCCACUUGCUGAUACAUAUUGUCAACCAGUGGCUGUUUUUGCCGCAAAAGGAUCAGUAAUUGGCACUGAAUUGGCAAAACUUGUAAUAAAAUGUAUCAUCCUUUUAGAACAAGCAGGUGCAAUCGUCCACGGUAUUGUGUCUGAUGGUGCUCAGACUAACAGGAAAAUGUGGUCGGAGCUAGGAGUUAGUGGAGAAAUAAAUUCUUUAAAAAAUUGGUUUCCUCAUCCACUUGUUGAUGAUAGGAAAAUAUAUGUAUUCUCUGAUACACCUCAUCUAUUCAAAAAUGUGAGAAACAAAUUAUACAAUGACAAAGUAUUAAAAGUAAGUUCAAUAUAUGUUGAGGUCUAG